UUGAAACGACAAGAGCCAUUUACUAUUUAACGAAACGAAACGGGAUUUACAGGAUCGAUGGGCAUUUUUGCCACAAUGGCAAAAUUUGGAUUCAACUUUCGUUGUUCAUAUACUUUGGAUUUUGGUCUGCGGUUGAAGGAGCACAGCUGACAAUUGAUUAUGCAACUGCUACCCAGACAUUGACAAUAUCUUGUCGGCCUGGAAGUAUUGUUUCCGAAGUAGAUGUAUUUAGUGCCAUUACAGUGGAGAGAGAUGUCAGUAAAAGCAGGAUUUCUACAAAGCCUGUAGUAGUGGCUGUAGCAUCACCACUUAAAUACAAUGGAGAAGCCAGAAUACAAGACACACAGUUAAGCAGCAGAGCCACAGUGACUGGGAAGGCAGAUAACAAUAACAAACCAAUAUCUUUUGUACAGGUAGUGUUGAGACAAGUGACAUGCAGUGAUUCAGGUCAGUACUUCUGCAGAAUCAAGUACUUUAAGACAGGAUUUGUACCUGGUGAAUCAGAAGACGGCAAGAACAAGACUAUACCAAACGAUCCAGGUCCAAUCUCUAUGUUUGUUACACCACGGAAGGAGGCCAGUCCAUACUACAUUAAUGAAACUGUAGAAUUUCAGUGUAAUGGUAAUGUUGGGAAUCCACCGGAAAACAGACCGUGGUCAUGGCAGUGGAAGUAUGCUGACAGUAUGAUGGACUGGACAUCUUACCCCUAUAAUAACAGGAUCACGGAUGAUCCAGUUACUCCUGGAAACUGUGUGAAUCAGGGACGAUCCACUCUAAGACACGUUGUGUCUGUGGAUGACAAUGCUCGAAUGUUCCGAUGUCUCGUCAACAAGAAUGAAAUGUACUCUGCCAACUUUACCAUCUACACUGAAAGUAAGACUGUGACCACACCCAGACCAGGAGGGAGCACAGGAGGAGACACGAGUUCGGCUGAUAUUGGUUUGAUUGUCGGAAUUGUUCUCGGCGUCCUGGCUGUCAUCGCUAUCGUCAUUGUCCUCGUCUACUUCCUGUGGUACCGGCGCCGUAACUCAGGGGAGCAAUAUAAGACUGAGGAAGACAAACACCCUGAGUCCAAUGCUCGCCCUGACCACUUGACGCCCAACCCAGUAUAUGAUACCAGACCAGAACCCAAGCAGUAUUCCAGCGACAAACGAGAUACGAAUGAUAAUGGCGGGGGCCUGCACUAUGCCGACCUUGAACUUAAGAGCCAACCACCAAAGCCGUAUCGUAAAGAUUACCAGCGAGAACCUCCGACGGAAUACGCCUCUAUCAAACUCUUCUAAACAAUCGCAGAACGAUUGAUGUAGUACCUGCAGCUGGUUGUUGUGUUAUUACGUGAACAUUUCAAUACGAGAGUGUUCAAAGUUUGGUGCUUGGGACUGUACAGUUUUAACUGAUGACUUUCAGAUGGUUCAAGCAAGCUCACUGUAGGCACAACAACUAGAUUUAGGGAGAAAUCUUAAUAUAGGCAUAUAUAUAUAUAUAUUGGACUACAGUCAAACCUGUCCUAGCGGCCACCUGUAAUUAGUGGUCACCUGCCUUAGGCGGCCACUUUUUUUCCAUCUCAAACGAUUUAUAAUGUAAAUGCACUUGUAAUAAGUGGUUACCUGUCUAACGUGGCCACCUACAUCAGAUCCCAAAUUGCUAAAAUACUAAAAGUAUUAAGUAAAUGCUUGAUUUGGUCAUAUUGGUGCAUAUCAUCUGCCGUAGGGCGAUUAAAUCAGGAAAUUUCAUGAAAAAAAUUAGUGUGGGUGGGGGGUGGGGUGGCGAAGGGGUAAAAACAAAUGUAACAUAUAGAUUUGAGAUAUGUAAAUGCCUGGUUCUGUCAUAUUGGUGCAUUGUCUCCUUUACAUGUAUCCGAUGCCAUAUAACUGUAAAUAAAAUGUGUUCAGUGCGUCGUUAAAUAAAACAUUACCUUCCUUCCUUCCUUCUUUCCUUAACCAUAUGUUCCAUGCCAUAUAACCAUAAAUAAAAUG